AUCGCAAGGUACAAAGCUUGUUUGUUUUUGAGUUAACUAACUCGUUCUUUCAUUUCACCCCAUUUCAUUGACUCUGUCGCAGUGUCAUCUCCAUUUCAUCAGCCCACAUCCAUUCCACGUGUCGUAAUCUGCUCCUGAGCAUCAUUAAAAGUCCCUGUGUCUUAUAGUCCACCCUGCGUCCAAUAGCAUGUAUUCAUCAAAUCCCAGCUACGAAAGCUUAAAGAGCGUACCGCUCUCGCACAACCACAGCCGGUUCUACCAGUCGUCCGUCAACCCCAACCUCUCGACCUCCAACUUGCAAAAUUUGUCGUCCAAACACCUGCUGCUCCUAGAACCAACUCCGAAGAAAUUUGCACCUCCCAUCACCCCACCGGUAUCGAACGCCGGGACGCCGGUGAGCGCAGGCUUUGACGUGGGUGCAUGGGGCAACGGCCGCAAGCGGUACGUGGCGGUUUUGUGUGUUAACUGGUACGUGGCGUCGGUGGUGUCGAAUUAUACCACCAAGAUGAUUCUCACUGAUUUCAAGCAUCCUACGACGCUAACACAAGUGCAGUUUGUGUUGAACUGCGUGCUCGGGUUGGCCACCCUCGUGGUGGCCUUACGGCGGCCGCUGGUGGUGGCCCGCUUCCCCAAGGGCACGUUCCCGGCCAUGGAAGGGCUUUCGCUCGCUCGCUUCUGCCGUCCCGAUGAGUUUGUGUUGCGGACCACGGUGCCGAUGGGGAUGUUCCAGUUCGCGGGCCACUUGACGUCGCACCUGGCCACAUCGGUGAUCCCGGUGUCGAUGAACCACACCGUCAAAGCGUUGAGUCCCAUCACCACCGUGUUGAUCUAUCGGGGCGUGUUCAACAAGAAAUAUAAACUCAUCACCUAUCUCACCCUCAGCCCGUUGAUGGUGGGCAUCAUGUUGACGUGUUAUAAGGGGCAGAAUGCCCACCCAGGAUUGGGUUACUACAAGGGAAUAGCGUAUUCGCUUGUGUCGAUGAUGAUCUUUGUGACGCAGAACAUCUUUGCUAAAAGCCGCUUGACGGUCGACUCGGCCGAGGUAUUACCGGCAAAUGCAUCCAGGCCCGAGCGUAAGUUGGAUAAGUUGAGCAUCUUGUAUUUCUGUCUGUUGACGGGGUUUGUGUUUACGCUUCCGGUGUACUUGAUUCUGGAGUAUACUAAUCCGCGCCUCAGUUUGCUUGACAUGAACGCGUUCACAGCCAUGCUUGUGGCCGUUAACGGUGUGAGCCACUACGUACAGAGCUUGCUAGCGUUUCAGAUCUUAGGGUUGAUUUCUCCCAUUAACUACUCGAUUGCGAAUAUCUCCAAGAGGAUCAUCAUUAUUUUAGUUGCGUUUGUGAUUGAGGGCAAGAGGUUGAACGUGGUGCAGGUGUUGGGGGUGAUGUUGACGUGCACCGGACUCUUUGCCUACGACCAAUACGGGAGUCGGUGAGGUAAGGAGAGAACAAUCAAAGACUCUGGCCUUUAUCUGCAUAAGACCUAAAUAAUGGGUGCAAAAAAUGAAUUUGUUCUUUUAAUAAACAAUCACCACCCUAUUCGUCUUUCUUUUGAAUGUCUUGGUUUACGGCCUCUUUUUACUUUCUCAGGGUUUUCCUCUUCAACUUAAGUUCUAACUGGCUUACUAUGUCUCCGACAAAACUACCUUAAUAAACUCUUUGAUCUUUUCAGGGAAACUCCAUUGGAUUCCACGUUCUGCUAUGAUGAAGGAUCUUGAAUUUAGUUUGGCUGAUUGUGGGUUGUUCGUAAAAAUAUACUCUCCAUUAUUGAUGAACAUAUUAUCAAACUGGUCAAACUCACCCCAUUCCGUAGGAGCAAUUUCAAUUACCAACGGGAAAUGGGCAAGCUCAGCAUUGAGAUCCGCAUCUACCAUCUUGGAUUGUUUCUGCGAAGGCACAUUAUACUUCCAGGUUUGGGUGUAUAUGAAAUAAACUGAUUGAUGUUUUGCA